AUGGCCUCCCCAAUCCGCAUUACUGUUCUCAUCUCCGGCAACGGCUCGAACCUACAAGCAGUGAUUGAUAAAAUAGCCGCCGGUCAGCUCAAUGCCUCCAUUGUCCGCGUGAUUUCCAACCGCAAGACGGCAUUCGGCCUGGAGCGCGCAAGCAAAGCCAACAUCCCCACUCAAUACCACAACCUCGUCAAGUACAAGAAGCAGCACCCCGCAACACCGGAGGGGGUCCAGCUUGCACGCGAAGAAUAUGAUGCCGAGCUCGCGAGACUCAUCCUUGCCGAUACCCCGGAGCUAGUCGUUUGCCUCGGCUUCAUGCACAUUCUCUCCCCGCAGUUCUUGGAGCCCUUGGAGGCCGCUAAGACGAGGAUCAUCAACCUGCACCCUGCGCUCCCGGGGGCUUUCAAUGGUGUUAAUGCGAUUGAACGCGCUCACGCCGCGUGGCUGGAGGGCCAGAUCGACAAGACGGGUGUCAUGAUGCACGAUGUCAUUUCCGAGGUGGAUAUGGGGACACCGAUCUUGGUCCGAGAGAUUCCCUUCCAGAAGGGCCGGGAUGAGAACGUCGAGGCCUUCGAAACUCGAGUCCACGAGACAGAGUGGGGGGUUGUCAUUGAGGGUGUGGACCUGGUGCUGAAGGAACUGCAAGCUCAGAAACAGCAAUCCAGCGCAUGA